GUCAGCAGUAUGUGGCUGUACUUACUACUUGUCUGGUCAAGUCAAGCUGUCAGCAGACUAAGCAGUGCGAUUUACCUUGAUUCUGGCUUUAACACUGAGCCUAAUGAAACAAAAGGUAAAAGGAAUCGCAACCGCUUGUCAAUUAUUGAAACUGGCUGCCAGUUUAACUGGACAAACCGCAACGAAAUGGUCAUGAAAGUUCGUGACCGAAUGAAAACCGAAACAAUAUUCCUGCGCUUUAAGGUGCCCGUUUUUUACCUUAAUUCAAACUUGACAUGGCAGAACACAAGCAAUGUUGUUGAAACCUGGGUAUGGGUCCCGGCCUCACACGAGUACAUGCUCUACUUUCCGCACAAUUUUAACGUUCUUUCGCUUGGAACCAUGGGAAUUAUCACUAAGAACUUUGGGAAACCAGGAGGAGAAGGAAACAUCCUUGGUUCAUGCAAUAACGACUGCAUCACAAAAGAACAAAUAUCUACGAAUUCAACUUCGCGUUGUUCAUUAACAAAAAAGGAUCUUAUAAAUUUUAUGUCUGAGGUAAUUGAUGACAAGAAAGAGUGGAAUUAUGUUUGCUUACAACUUGAUUACCUAGGUGCAGACGUGGUAAGCGAUCCAAACUCGGCUGUACCUGAUUUACUGUACUACUUUAUAUUUCUAAGAAAGCUUUUUUCAAGGAGGCCUUAUUUCGGCAAAGGUAUGACGAAAGAUGAUUUUAUCAACUAUAACUGUUUUGAGAAGGAUGGAGGUUUGGAAAUAAAAGAACUACAUAUGAAUUACUUUGUGAUAUUUGUUACAGCAGUAAUCUUGUGGUUAUAUACUCCCCUUCUAAUUCAUUACUUUCCAAGUUCCGAAAUUACUGUGAAAAAUUAUCCCGCGAAUUUAAACCACGCGAUGUUCCAUUCCACUCACAAAAGCCCAGUGCACUUCACGAGUUUACUGCGUUGUAUGUUGUGUUUCUACAUGAAGGAAAACAAGGCUAUCAAAUCCCGCAUUCGUCGUUUUUUGUUUGUCGGUUGUUUAUUAGGACUUUCGAUUCGCUUUGUCUACACAGCAUAUUGGAACGUAUCUGCUUUUUUCGGAGUUCUCAUUAUUUUCUUUGGGGCAAUUUCUCCAGAUUUUGGAGCGUUCACCUCAGUAACGAGCAUCCGACUCAUUUUCUAGACCUAUGGGAAUACCCAGAAGGAGUUUUUCGCCGAAAUACGCAAAAAAAGGAGUACCAGUUCCUGGCUCACUGCAUGAGCGAACGUAUUUACUUGUUCUGCGAUAUUCGGUUUUGGAAAAUGUUAUAU